UUCUCACAAUCUCACCGAUCACACUACCAGCAGGAAACAUAGUUCAUUACAGAAACCUCAAGCCGAAGCCAAAAAUCUCAGAUACAGGGAGAAAGAUAGUAGAGAGAGAAAGUAGAGAAGUAUGGGUGUGGAUUACUACAAGGUUCUUCAGGUGGACCGGAGCGCCAAAGAAGAUGACUUGAAGAAAGCGUAUCGAAAGCUCGCCAUGAAGUGGCACCCAGAUAAAAACCCCAACAACAAAAAAGAAGCCGAGGCCAAAUUCAAGCAAAUCUCCAAAGCAUACAAUGUUUUGAGUGAUCCACAGAAGCGAGCGGUCUAUGAGCAGUACGGUGAAGAGGGGUUGAAGGGACGGGUGCCGCCGCAUGGUGCCGGCGGCUAUGCCGGCGCUUCGAAUGGCGGUGGUCCUACUAUGUUCAGGUUCAAUUCUCGGAGUGCUGAUGACAUAUUCUCUGAGUUUUUCCGGUUUCGGGGUCCAUUAGGAGGGACGGGGGACAUGGGAGGAUCACGUGCUGCGCCGUCGGGAUUUACCAGGGGUAUGUUUGGCGAAGAUAUAUUUGAUACGCCUCGGGGCGGAGGCGGUGAGGCGUCCAGUAAUAUUCCCCGGAAAAGGGCAGCUAUAGAGAGGACGUUGCCGUGUAGUUUGGAGGAUUUGUAUAAGGGGACUACUAAGAAGAUGAAGAUAUCGAGGGAUGUUACUGAUGCUACUGGGAGACCUACCACAGCGGAGGAAAUUCUUACAAUUGAGAUCAAGCCAGGUUGGAAGAAGGGAACAAAAAUAACAUUUCCAGAGAAGGGAAAUGAACAGCGAGGUGUCAUCCCCUCAGACCUUAUCUUCAUUAUUGAUGAGAAGCCUCACAGUGUCUUCAAGAGGGACGGGAAUGACCUCAUCGUCACACAGAAGAUCUCUCUGGUGGAAGCUCUGACAGGUUACACUGCACAGGUGACAACCCUUGAUGGACGGAAUCUGACAAUUCCAAUAAACUCUAUCAUUAGUCCCACAUAUGAAGAAGUUGUUAAAGGGAAGGGGAUGCCUAUCACCAAAGAACCUUCAAAAAGAGGGAACUUGAGAAUUAAGUUCGAUAUCCCAACUGCUUUGUGAUUUUUGAUUGGGCUGACUAUCCAACUAUAAUGACUACAAGGACAUAGGGUUGAUUUCAUCACUGUUGAUGACCCAAGUAAGACUGUCGACAGGCCUUAUUAUUUAUUGCAAACUAGUUAAUUUUGAGAGGCCCGUUUCUUGGAGAUUUGUGAUUUUGGGCUUAAAAAACGUCAGCCCACUUUGAUUUUGAACCGGAACUCACUAAAGAGGCAUAGCAAAUGGUAGGGACUAAAGGGCUAGCCCUACCAAGGGCGGUCCGGUGGUCAUAUCUCAUUUAUAUUUCAAAAUAGAUGAUAGAGGUUCGAGUUUUCAAAUGGGCGAAAUUAGUGUGUUUAUUUUUUUCCAAUAGAAAAGAUUGAUAUAUUUGUAACAAAAAUGAAUGUAUCCCUUGAGCCAAAUGGAUCUACUUUUAAAAUAAAAAAAAAUAGUUAUAUAGUG